AUGGCCGCUCCUGCCGCAGCUCAAACCACCUCUAAAUUCCAAGCGUUUGUUAACCAUCCCGCUGGACCAAAGACAAUCUUCUUCUGGGCACCUAUGGCAAAAUGGGCACUUGUAGCAGCAGGUGUCAAGGAUCUUUCAAGACCAGCUGAUAAACUCUCUGUCAGUCAGAAUGUCGCUUUAGCAGCUACUGGUUUCAUCUGGGUCCGAUAUUCAUUCGUCAUCACACCCGUUAAUUAUUCUUUGGCAGCAGUGAAUUUCUUCGUUGGUUCAACAGGUCUUGCUCAACUUUACAGAAUUUGGGAUUUCAACAAGAACAAGCCAGCAGGUAUCAAAGCUUAG